UAUUCUACUAUGAAAUGAAAAAUGGCCACGUUUGACAAUCUACCCGAAGAAAUCGUACUAAAGAUAUUCAAAUUUGUACCACAGUCUUGUUUGCAGAACGAUAUCGCCAAAGUGUGCGAGAGAUGGCAGCGUAUCAGUCGAGAUAAUUCGUUAUAUCGCGAUGUACAUUUCGACGCCAGGUUAUCCCUUAAUAUGGCCAUCGAUGUCAUACAGAAAUACGCCCAGCACAUUAAUCGUUUAGUAAUUAGUCGCAGAUUGGAUACCGAUGAUAUUCUGAAAGUAUUACCCGCUUGUACGAAUUUAACCUCUUUGACGGCUGAUUCGUGUACGGGGUGGUUUAUCCCCUAUGGACGAAUAUCUACCGAAGUUGACGCUGAUUUGAUUUCGACCAUUUUGGAAAAAAAUGCCAAGCUCGGUUCGCUUCGGAUUUCGCAUUCUACCGUUAAAAAUGGCGGUAUCAAGAUCGGUGCUGGCCAUUGUUUGGAUACUUUGGUGUUGAAAAAUUCUUAUUAUCAGAGAUCGAUCGAGGAGAGAGGUUUAUUGAAUCAAGCCAAGCUCAGGGUGCUCAAUUUGCAAGGGUUGAUUUUGAACAAAGCGACAUUGUACGAGGUGAUACUGAAAAACCAUCAAACGCUGGAAACGAUCAAACUAGACGUCUGGGAACCACAACUCGGCUCAAACGAUCAAGUGCUCAACGCCAUCUCAAAAUGCCACCGCUUAAACAAAUUGCUCAUUCGAAACGUAUCAUUUUACAAUAUAUCCGAUCACAGUAUCCAGCAGCUCACCAAACUCAGCCAUCUCACUUCGUUGACGUUUUCCAAAAUGGACAACGUUAGUCCGAAAUCUUUCGCUAAUCUAUUCAAGCAACCGCAUUCGAAAAAUUACACCAAAAUUCACCUAAGCGCAUGCGAAGGUGUCAAUAGCACCGUAGUAAGAACCAUCGCUAAAAACUGUCCUAAUUUAAUUAACCUAACAUUACAUCAACCGAAAGCUACAAACGGCAACUUGUUUACCGCCGUGGAUUUAAUAUAUUUGGCUUCAAAAUGCGUUCAACUCCGAUUUUUAGAUUUAUGCUAUACCCAUUUUUCUAUAGGUAUAGCUAUACCUGUAAUCGUGUAUUUUUUACCCAAUUUGAAAAGGUUUAAGUAUUAUUUAAAUUCGUCGUCGAAUCCCAGCUCAAAAUUCGUAUCGGAUACUAUUUUAAAAUUUCUAGUCUCGCAUUUGCGUGAUUUUGAUGUUAAAAUUGGUUUAAAUUCGCAUCUUGAUGAGACGAUCACAGGUUACAGAUGUAAUUUAAAAAGUUGA